CGUGUCACUCUCUGCACUCUUAUCAUCACCCACAGCCACAGCCAAAACCCCUGCUGCCCCAACCUCUCUUCCUCCUCCUCAUCUUCUUCUCUCCCGUGGAGUUGGAACCUGGAAGCCAUCAUCAUCCACAUCGGUGCAGCUAGCUGCAGUUUCUUGCUCAGGAUACUGGCUAGGUCUAUCUUUUGCAACUCAUCUCAGACAGGAAGAAAAAAAGGUUUUUUUUAUCUACAUUAGCUACUGCAUAUCAUGCCUCCAUUCGCCACAAUGUCAGCGCCAGGUUCGCUUCUUCUGCUGCGCCCGGCUGCGUACCAGCGGAUUGGGAGAAAUCGAGGAGGGGAAAGCCAGGGAGGACCAACGAUCUUGUGCUCACGAUCUCGAAGGAUUAAACGCAGCGUCACCAGAGCAGUUUCUUCUGGAGCAUCCAUGAGAAUAACGAUGUGCGCAAACCAGACGCAGACUGCACGCCGCAAAUCGUUCUCUGGACCUACCUCCCCACCAUCAGGAGCGGUUAAAGAGAAAGUGAAGAGCCCCAAGCUUGACGAUGGCGGCACCGGCUUCCCGCCGUUCCGGUUUGGCGGCGGCGGCGGAGGAGGCGGCGGCGGCGGCAGCAACUCCGCCGGCGGAUUCAUCCUGUUUGUGAUCGUCUUGCUUCUUGAUUACCUGAGGGAGUUUGAGAGGAACCUGCAGAAUGGGUCUCGGAGGGGCAGUGACUAUGACAACGGGCUGGCACCACAGUAGCUUGUUUCUUUCGUAGGGACACUUCACUCCUUUUCUGGGAAACUUGUCAAGUGUCCCUUCUCAUACAAGAGGUGUCAGAAGCAAGCAAAAAAUUUGUCAAGUGAGAGUUGUGCUGUGAAGUGGUUAUAGUGACUUGAGUAACAUCCAAGAUCCUAGGUUUAAAUUUUUAUAGGAGCAUGAAUUUCAGAUUAGGUAUUUGAAGUAGCAAACUUUAAAUGAAUAUGGAAAUCUGAGAUUGAGUACAUCAAAA